AGGCACAAGGAUCCUCCUCCUCCGUCUCUCAUCUUCUCUCAACUUGAAGCCACUUGCUCUGCUCGGAAGAAAAGGAAAGCAAGAUGGACGUCUCUCCCUCAUCCAUUCUUCUGCUCCCGCUCCUCUUCCUCUUCCUCUGCUCCCUCCCGUCGCCCGCCUCCGCCUGCGACCGCUGCGCUCACCGCUCCACAGCCGCCUACUACACCUCCUCGCUCACCCUCGCCGCCGGUUCCUGCGGGUACGGCGCGGCGGCCGCGUCCCUCAACGGCGGCCUGCUCGCCGCGGCGGGCCCGGCCCUGUACAGGCAAGGCGUCGGCUGCGGCGCGUGCUUCCAGGUGCGCUGCAAGGACGAGGAGCUCUGCGGCGCCGCCGGCGUGAGGGUCGUCGUCACGGACCGCGCGAGGACCAAGGAGAACGGCACGGACCUCGUGCUCAGCAGCCCGGCGUUCGCCGCCAUGGCCCGCCCCGGCAUGGCCGCGCGGCUCGCCAAGCUCGGCGCCGUCGACGUCGAGUACAAGAGGGUGCCCUGCGAGUACAAGGGCAAGAACCUCUCGCUGCGUGUGGAGCAGAGGAGCCGCGCGCCCAGCGAGCUGGCCGUCACGAUCCUCUACCAGGGCGGCCAGACUGACAUCGUCGCGGUCGACGUCGCGCAGGUCGGUGCGUCGUCGAGCUGGAGGUCCCUGACACGCGACCACGGGCCGGCGUGGAGCACGAGCCUGGCGCCGCCGGGGCCGCUGCAGCUCCGGGCGGUGGUGACCGGCGGGUACGACGGGAAGUGGGUCUGGGCCGAUCGCGAGGUCCUGCCGCGCCAGUGGCGCGCCGGCGAGGUCUACGACACCGGCGUCCAGACCACCGACAUCGCCCAAGAAGCCUGCUUCCCCUGCGACACGCAGGAGUGGAGGUGACCACCGACGAGGCAAGCGGCAAGCCAAGAGGAGGAGCUAAGCUCCAAAAUCGUGGCCGGGCGUCGAACCAACGGUCAGAGGCUCCUCGUCACCGCUGGUGCCAGUUUCGGCUGGGCAUGGAAUUGGAAGGAUAGAUAGAGAUUAGUAACUGACGCAGCGGCACGUAGAGCCCUCGUUGCUUAUCCAACUCCUGUGGACAAACAUGCAUGAGCUGCAGCUGACGUGUGAGAUACUAGUAUGUACAGUAGCAACCAUGAAGCGAUAACGGGUAGCGGACGGCGGCGAGGCCGUGGCCUGAAUCCCUGGACAAAAUACAAAAUCCGGUGACUUUUCUCA